AGAGAGUGUUUUACUCAUGAAUGUUUCCAUACAGAAUGUUUCAGUAUAUGGCUUCAUGUCUGUGUCGAUACCGCUUGAGGAGGAUCCUGUUCAUCUUUUCGCCGUGCAUACUGCUGAUCCCAAUCUACAUCUAUGUCUCCAUGUCAUGAAACACGGUGCACCUGGUGUUCAUCCUGUGCAGCAGAAACACUUUACUGCCAGUGGUCUCAACCACUCCAGAGAUCUGGCUCCCCAUCCUGUGAAAUCUUUCUGGAGAAGCGAGCUAAACAGUGGAGCACUAUGGAACAUCAUCCAGUUUAUGAUAGAUUCCCACUAUAACCCCAUCCUAAAUCCACAUCUGGCUGCAAACCCACCCGGUAUUUCUUACAAAACAGAAAGGUCCAGAAGAAGUGGGAAUGGAUGCUCUCCAGACUAUGAGAUUAACAAUACGAUGGCAGAUUUCUUCAGUUUACCAACGCAUAUAAAAGAUUUUGUGACCAGCAUGCACUGUCGAGAAUAUCCCUUGGUAAUAGAUCCUUUAGAUGUUUGUGAUGGUGGUCCGCUAGCAAAGAAUCGGGCACCAAUGUUGCUCCUGGCCAUCAAAGCUCAGCCUCUGGAUUUCAUGAACAGAGAAGCGAUAAGAGAAACUUGGGGGCGUUCAGGAAGAAUAAAAAGCCGAGGUGGGCGGCAAAGUCUUGUUCGGAGGGUCUUCCUUCUGGGGAAGUCCAAAGACUUGCAUAUUGAAGAGAAAUUGCAAUUAGAGAGUGAUAAAUAUGGUGACAUCAUCCAAUGGGAUUUCAUGGACACGUUAUUUAACCUCACCCUGAAGGAUGUGCUGUUCUGGGACUGGUUCUCAAGGCGAUGCCCACAUGCCCGCUUCAUUUUUAAAGGUGAUGAUGAUAUCUUUGUGAGGACGCCUGCUCUCCUAAACUAUCUGCUGGCCGAGGAGGCAAAUGAAAACUUCUCAAAUGGAUCCAGGCGGCCAAAUAAAAUGGAGACGUUUGUUGUGGGGGACGUGAUAAACAAUGCAUCACCUAUACGCUCCAAUGGGAGUAAGUACUACAUUCCGGAGAGCUUCUUUAAAGGGACUUACCCGUCAUAUCCUGGUGGAGGGGGGGUGGUUUACUCUGGUUCUCUGGCCCAUAGGCUUUUGGAGGUGUCACAAAAGGUUCACCUGUUCCCCAUUGAUGAUGUCUAUCUGGGCAUGUGUCUUCAAAGACUGGGAGUGUACCCUAUCCACCACCCUGCCUUCCUCACCUUUGACUUCCCCAAGAACGAGCUCAAGAAACCCUGUGCGAAUCACACCAUCCUCCUGGUGCACAAGCGUAGCCCAGCUGAGAUGUUCCAACUUUGGACCGAAACAUCGAUGCCCAGUUCUGAAUGCAGAAACGCAACUCUGAGAGUCGACACUACGUAGAGUUGAGCUCAGAUGAUACUUUUUUUUAACACUUGAAGAAAUAAUGUUAUCCAUUGAUUUUACUUUUGUAUAAACAUUUGUAAUUUGCAAUCUUUUUAACACAUUUAAGUUGUGAUAAAAUAGAAGUAGUGGCAGAUCCAUAUCAUGCCGUGAAGAGAAUUUUGCAUUUCAUUGGAAGAUCAAGUUUUUGUGUCUUUAAAAUAACAUAUUUUCAGGGGAACAACAUUCUUCAUUGACAGAACUUAAGGAGUUGCAUCAGGGAUGCAACCAACCACAUGUUCAAUUUUAGAGAGGACUGAAGGACUGGAUCAUAUCAUGAGGAGUCAUCUGUUCCUUGAAAUUUAGAGAUAAAGGUGCUUGGAAAGUAUUAUAAAGUCCUAAGCCCAAAAAGAGCAAUGAAUUUGCAAAAACUUUUGAAGUCAGAUGAAUGCACUGAACACAUACACAGAGGA